AUGGACAGGGCAAAAGCCCUGUCUCCAAGGAUGCUCCAGGCAAACAUGCGGCCAGCACCUACCCUGCUUUGGCUGGUGGCUGUCUGGGUAUUUGCAUGGGAUAUGGCAGGGGCUAUGGCAGUUCGAAGGCAAAGCCAUUCCUCGGAACCAGCCACCACGCCAUGGCUGCCAUUCCGGACCGUACCCGAUAAAGGCCAGGUCCCCGCCGACAGGGGGCGCCCACUGCGCGCGGGAGAAAGCCCCCGCUCCCCUGCCGCACAGCUGAGCCUCCGCAGCCCUGGGCCGUCCGCUAAGGCCUCGGGCCGCUGCCUCCCGGCGGCCGCCCCCAGCCCCGCUGCGCCGGCAGGAUUUGGCCCCUCCGGGCAGCUCAGUGGCCCUAAGGGAGCAGGCUCGCACCCUGACCGCCUCUGGCAGAUACAGAUCUGUGGAUCCAGAGUGGCUUCUGUGGUAGCUGAGAAGUAUUUCGAGGCUCUUGGCUCAGUGUCUUGGCAGCAAUUUGAUCUGAAGAUGGCAUCCAGGGUGCUGUGGGGCAGCCUAAGCCUGCUUCGCCUGGCGUGGUGUCUCCUUCCACAGACAGGCUACGUGCACCCAGAUGAGUUCUUCCAGUCACCUGAGGUCAUGGCAGAGGACAUCCUGGGCAUAGAGGCCGCCCGGCCCUGGGAGUUUCAGCCCAGCAGCUCCUGCCGCACGGUGGUCUUCCCGCUGCUGACCUCUGGCUCUGCCUUCUGGCUGCUCAGGCUGUGGGAAGAGCUGGGGCCCUGGCCUGGCCGAGUGAGUGGCUAUGUGCUGCUGGUGGGGCCCCGGCUCCUCCUCACGGCCCUCUCCUUUGCCCUGGACGUGGCCGUGUACCGCCUGGCCCCACUGUGGAAGGCGGAGCGCUGGAAUGCCCUGGCCCUGCUGUCUGGUUCCUACGUCACCCUUGUCUUCUACACAAGGACCUUCUCCAACGCCAUCGAGGGACUACUCUUUGCAUGGCUGCUGGUAUUGGUAUCCCCUCGUGUAGCUUGGAGCCCCUCACCCAAGAAGCCUGCUCCAGGCACGUGGUGGCACAGCUGGCUUCUCGGGGGCAUCGUGACUGCUGGCUUCUUCAACCGACCCACCUUUCUGGCCUUUGCUCUGGUCCCUGUCUUCCUCUGGGGCAUCUGUGGAGCCACAGGCCCUGCCUUCAAGUCACUGACCAAGGACGCCCUGGGGCUCCUCCCAGGAGCAACCCUCACAGCAGCAGUGUUUGUGGCUGUGGACAGCUGGUAUUUCUCCAGUCCAUCUAGAUCCAGUUCCCUUGUCCUUACACCUGCCAACUUCUUGCACUACAACCUAGACCCUCAAAACCUGGCGAGGCAUGGCACACAUUUGCGGCUCACUCACCUGGCAGUCAAUGGCUUCCUGCUCUUUGGGAUUCUGCAUGCCCAGGCCCUGCAGGCUGGGUGGCAACACCUCCAAGGCUGCCUCCAGGCCUUUGUACAAAUGGGCUUCCUGAGGGUGCUGGAUGCCCGGAGCCUGCUGUCCAGCCCCAGGUCUCACCUCCUGCUCCUCUACUUCAUGCCCCUGGCCUUGCUGUCCGCUUUUAGCCACCAGGAGCCUCGGUUCCUGAUCCCCCUUCUGGUCCCCCUGGUCCUGCUUUGUAGUCCACAGACCCAACCUGUGCCCUGCAAGGGCAUCCUGGUCUUCUUCAAUGCUCUGGGUGCCCUCUUCUUUGGCUGCCUGCACCAGGGGGGCCUAGUGCCUGGCUUGGAGCACCUGGAGCGGGUGGUUCAUUCACCUGUGCUGCCAAAUGUACCUACCCACUACACGCUCCUCUUCACUCACACCUACAUGCCUCCUCGGCACCUCCUGCACCUCCCAGGUCUGGGGUCACCUGUGGAGGUAGUGGACAUGGGUGGGACUGAGGAUUGGGUUCUGUGCCAAGCCCUGAACAACUUCACCAGACAACCAGCCUGCCAGGUGGCGGGUGGGCCAUGGCUCUGCCGCCUUUUUGUGGUGACCCCUGGCACCACCAGGCCUGCCAUGGAGAAGUGCAGCUUUCCCCUCAAGAGUGAGACACUUGUGUUUCCCCACUUGACCCUAGAGGACCCACCAGCCCUGUCCUCCCUGCUGAGGGGCGCUUGGAGGGACCAUCUCAGCCUUCACAUCCUGGAGCUGGGGGAGAAGCCUGACAACACGACAGAGAAUCCGCUGCUGUAGGUGAAGAAGGCACCACCCA